UUGUGGCAGUUAAUAAUUUCUAUAUAUAAUUUUUAUUUAUACAUACGAUAAUUUAUCUUUGGGGAGUUUGAUUCGUGAAUUAAAAAUGGCUGUGAUAUAUAUUAAAUGACGUUAUGACUCUUAACAAAAGCCGCAGUUUAUUUUCAAUCGUAACUCUGAAAACACUCAAAGUAUAUUUACUCUUGUUAAUUUAUAAACAAAAUAAUCAUCUGGAUAAAAAUUUUCCUUAUUAUAUCAGCUGUUUGUCUCAUUCUAUAUUCAAAAGAAAUAAAAGAAAAUUUACUCUAAAAUAUGUGACUAAAUAAUUAUCUAUAAAUUUCCAAAGAAAAUUCAAAAGUGAAUGUGUAAAAGAGAAUUUUUUUUAAAUUAAAAUUUUUGAUAAUUAUACAUUAAAUGAUAAUUGAUAAUUAAAAAAAUGUAAGAUAAAUAUUUACAUGUUUUUUUCAACUUUAUUUAAAAUAUUUUUUAAUUUAUCAAAAAGUUAUUUUAAUUGUACUACAAAUGUGAUUAAAAAAUGUUUUUUUUAUUUUUAUUUACUAAUCAAGUGUAAUUGUGUAUUGUGGAAUAAAAUAAAUGAUGAUACAUUAAUUAAUAAAAAUAUAAAUGUGAUAACCUUAUGGUAGAUGACAAGGAUAAAUUACCACGUGAGACAAGAUCAAGGAAUAAAAUGAGCUCAACAGAACAGCCUGGUGGUAAUGAAACAAAUGGAGCAAGUACAUCAUCAUGUGGAAUUGUAACAUCAUUAUUUCCAAGUAGUUGUCGUGGAAGAGCUGAAGCAUUUGCUCGUCGUUUACACAGGCGAUUAACAAAUCUCGGUGAUAUUGAAGGACCAACAAUACCAGGUGAUUCAAAGCUAAGCGAAAAAACAUGGCUACAAAAAAAUCAAAUAUCCUUAAAGACAAAUAAUCUACGAGCUUUACAGUCUCAACCGAAAAAUACAAUUUAUACAAAUGAAAUAACAACAAAAACAACAAAUGAUAAACAUGAAAAUUCAAUUGUAAAAAUAAAUAAUAAACAAAGCAAUGAUGAUAGUCCACAAUCAGAUAAUAAUUAUUCAACACCAUUUGAUGCAACAACACCUGAUGAAAAUAAUACUGAUGUUUAUUAUGAUAUUGAAUUAUCAGACAAUGAUAAAACACAUACUGAUGAUUAUUAUGAUCCAGUAUUAUCAUCUGAAAGUGAAUUUACAAGUGUUAAUGGUCAUCAUGAUAAUAAUGAAGAUGAUACUGAUGAAUCAAUUGAUAAUAAAAUUCAAAAUGAAUCAUCAGAUACAUCUGAAAGUUUAACAAAUGGUUUUAAUAAUAAAUUGCCUUGUUGUUCAGAUGAAAGUUCAAAUGAUAUUAAAAGUUCAACAUCACAAAGUCAUGAUAGUUUAUGGAGUACAUUUGAUGAUAAUACAGUAUCAUUACAAGAUGACAAUGUGCUACCAAAUGAUGAAUUAAAUAAUAAUAAAUUAGCUAAAGAAACAAUUUUACCAAAAUCAUAUUCUGAUUCUGUGUUGCUGCCAGGUAGUUCUGGUGUAUUUCAUGGUGAAAUAGCUAAUCCAAUUGAAGAUAAAAAUAAUUUUAAACAUCAAAAUGGUGAUUUAUUAAUUGACAAUCCAUUGAGAGUAGAUGAAACAAUAAUUAAAGAAAAUAAAAAACAUACAGAUGAAAGAUUAAGAGCUGAAAGUGAGCCUUGUCUUCAUGUUGAUGAUGUUACAAGACUUUUACGUAGAUUAUCAUGUUCACCAAGUGGAAGUUUUGAUGAUAAAAAUGGUGAUGAUGAUGAUGAUGGUGGUAGUGGUGGUAGUGCAGAUGAUCAUGAUGAUGUAGAUGAAGAAGAAGAAGAAGAAGAAGAAGAAGAUAAAAGACCAAUGAAAUUAAGAAGAUGUUCAAGUUUAAAAACAGGUAAAACACCACCAGGUACACCAGGUACACCUGGUAGAAAAAAAAUAGUUAGAUUUGCUGAUGUACUUGGUCUUGAUUUAGCUGAUGUUAGAACAUUUCUUGAUGAAAUACCUAAAAUACCAAAUUCAGCAUAUGAUGAUUUAGUUUAUGAUGAUUUUUUUCAAAAAGAUUCAAGUCCAAUUGUUUAUGGUAGUAGUCCAGUAAAUAAUACAAAUAAUAUAAUGAAAUUAAAUUGUAAUAAUACAAUUAAUAAUAAAAUAUUAAUGCCAUUAUUUCAAAAUCCAAAUUUACGUAAAAAUUUUAUUGAUAUUGUUAGAGAUAAUCAAGUUUGUUUAGAAAAUAUUAUUAUAAAUGAUCCAAUAACAUUUUGUAUUGUUGGUAAUGUUAGAGUUAGAAAUCUUGAUUUUCAUAAAUCAGUUUAUAUUAGAUAUACACUAGAUUGUUGGAAAAGUUAUUCGGAUCUUCAAGCACUUCAUGUUGAUGGUAGCUGUGAUGGUUUUAGUGAUAAAUUUACAUUUAAACUUUAUUGUCAUACCCUGAAAGUUGAACAACGUUUGGAGCUUGCAGUUAGAUUUCAAUGUCAAGGAGUUCAAUAUUGGGAUAAUAAUUUUGGUGUUAAUUAUUGUUUUCAAUGUUUAUCAAGUACACAGUCAUCUAAUUAUGUGCCAAGUGUUAAUCGUGGUAAUACAACACGUGAUUACUCGCCAGCUUUUUAUUAAAAAUAUUAUCGAAUUUUACUGGUCAUUUUUAAUUAUUUUCAUGAGAUUUCGAAAUAAUCAAAAUUUAGAUAAAUAUUUCAGUCGAAAUUUUUUUUUUUUUUUCUAUUAGGGAUAUUUAUAGAUCCAAGUUGGAUCAUGACUGCAAAAUAAUAUUUUUUUUUCUUAAUACUCUAGUCGAUUCAACGAUUAAAAAAAAAAAAUUAAAAAUCAUUAAGCUACUAGCUUGGAUAAUUUAUAAAACUUUAUAAAUUAAUUUUCUCUUUUUAUCCAAAAUUCUUUAAUUUUUUUCAAAAAAGAAAUUUAGAAUUUUGGCUAUUGAUUAAUUAUCAAACGUGAUGAUAAAUUAUUUGACAAUGUAAAAUUAUUUAAAAUCAAACAUGCUAUUAUUAUAAAUAAAUUUCAAAAAUAAUAAUUUGUUUAUUUAAAAAGAAUAUAAAUAAAUUAACUCAAAACAAAAUACUCAUAUCGAGACAAAAUUGACAAUAUAUAUCCUGACGAAACUCCUCGUGUUAAAAAUAAUCAACUUGUAUAAAAUAUUUCUAAUUAAGAUAAUAAUUAAACAAGAAAAUUAGCCAUCAGGAUAUCAACAUAUUGCCAAGUGAAAAAGUGUCUUCCCCAUGCGAUGAUAAUUUUACCUCGUUUCUACAACUUGAAACGACGUAAAAUAAUAAUUAAUAAACAAAAAAAAACAUAUUUAAUAAUAAUAUUUAUAAAAUAAAAUAAAAAUAUGUACCUGAUAACUCAGAACACUAAAGCAAUACUUUUGUAAAUCUUAAAAUAAUACUUAAAGUGAUGAAAAAUAAAACACCAAAUAAAAAAAAAUACAACGAGCCGAAAGUGACGAAAAUAAUUAACCAAAUAUAUAAUUAAAAAUAAGAAAAAAUAUAAUUGAAUGAAUGUGUUAUAUUUUACUUUGUACAUAAAAAAUAAUAUUAACAAUUAAAAAACAUAAUUAUUAUAAAUGAAUCAAAUUUAUUGAGAAUUUUUUCAUGUUUCUCAAUUUGAUAGAUUUAUUAUAAUAGAUAAUUUUAUAAUAAUUAAAAAAAACAUAUCGUUUUCUCACGUUUACUAAGAGGAUAAUUAUAAAGAUAAAAAGAAAAAAAAAAAAAUUAAUAAUAACGCUAAUGAAAGUGAAAAAAGUAUAUGGAAAUUGUAAAAAAUAGACAAAUUGUUUUAAAGAGAAAAUGAAAUUACAUGGUGUAUACAUAAUAAACAAUGAAAUUAAUUUGUAAUUACAUGUUGAAUUAAGACAAUAAAUAAUACAUUUAAAAAUAAUUACAAAAAAAAAAAAA